ACAUAGCAUGGUGGGAGACAAGGCGAGAGGGGAGAUGAACGCUUUUCAGAGAAACGAAUCCAAGGAAACUUUGUUCACUUUUAUUUCUGCAGGAGAUGAUCCCCCCAAAGGAGAUUUCCCUCUUCAGAAAAAAUCUCCGAAACUCUGUGGCUCCAACUACCCCCUGAGCAUUGCCUUCAUUGUGGUGAACGAGUUCUGCGAGCGCUUCUCCUACUAUGGCAUGAGAGCUGUCCUGACACUUUAUUUCUUAAGCUUCUUCCACUGGGAUGAGAAUCUCUCCACUGCUGUGUACCAUGCCUUCUCUGCGUUGUGUUAUUUCACACCUGUCAUCGGAGCCAUCAUGGCAGACUCUUGGCUGGGCAAAUACAAGACGAUCAUCUACCUCUCCAUUGUGUAUGUUGUUGGCCAUCUGAUAAAGUCAGUCGGUGCCAUUCCAUCCCUGGGCAACCAGGCAGUUCAUGUGGUCCUGUCUAUGGUUGGUCUGUUUUUGAUCGCCCUUGGAACGGGAGGUAUCAAGCCCUGUGUCUCUGCAUUUGGUGGGGACCAGUUUGAAGAGGAACAUACCUCAGAGAGAAGCAAGUUUUUUUCCAUCUUCUAUUUAUCCAUUAAUGCUGGAAGUUUGAUCUCCACGUUUGUAACUCCUGUAUUAAGAGGGGAUGUGAAAUGUUUUGGAGAGGAUUGUUAUGCACUGGCUUUUGGUGUCCCAGCAGCACUGAUGGUGUUGGCACUUGUUGUGUUCAUUGCUGGAAGUGGACUGUACAGAAAAACACCACCACAAGGAAAUGUCUUGCUGGAAGUGUGCAAAUGCAUCGGUUUUGCUAUUAAAAACCGGCUGAAAAACCGCUCCCGUGAGAUUCCAAAGAGAGAUCACUGGCUGGACUGGGCUUCAGAAAAAUACUCAAAACAGCUGAUUGGGGAGGUUAAAAUGGUGACUCGUGUUCUCUUCCUCUUCAUACCACUGCCAAUGUUCUGGGCCCUGUUUGAUCAGCAGGGAUCUAGGUGGACUUUGCAAGCCACAAAAAUGAAUGCUGAUUUUGGAAUAUAUGUCCUUCAGCCUGACCAAAUGCAGUUCUUAAAUCCACUUCUUAUUCUUGUCUUCAUCCCAAUUUUUGACUUUGGGCUCUACCCCCUGAUAAACAUGUGCAAAUUGAAUUUCACACCUAUUAGGAAAAUGGCAACAGGUAUGAUCCUUGCAGGGCUGGCAUUUGGACUUGCAGCUGUUAUAGAAGUCAAAAUAAAUGAAACUGAUAUGCCUCGACUUGUCCCUAAAGAAAGUUUAAUUCGGGUCCUGAAUUUGGCAAAGAACCCUGUUCAAGUGGCAAUCCAAGACAAGGACCUAUUUCAGCAGCCUGUGGAGUCUUUUCAGAACCCAGCUGAGUACUCAAAAUUAAUAUUGAAUGGAGAGCAACAGAGCCUUCACUUCACCCUGCAACAUCAAGGAUUGACUCUUGCUUUUAACUACACCGUGAAGGAAAAAUCAGUAUACAGCUUAAUUGUUUUUGAGGCAGAAGGAAGCCUAUCAAGCCGCUUAAUUACAGACUUGGAAGCAAAGCCAGAAAAUGGUUUAGCAGCUGUUAGGUUCAUUAAUGCUUUGAGCCAAGAUGUCAACCUCACCAUCGAUGGCAAAAGUUUCAUUGCUGUUCAGAAAAACUACAGUGCUUCUGAGUACUCACUGCUGGAGAGGGACAUAUAUAAUAAUGGAAAAUGCAUAACUGAAACAGGAGAGUUCCCCCUGGAGCUGGGGCUGCUUGACUUUGGUGCCUCAUACACUGUCGUGAUAACUAAUAUUUCUGGAGGUGCUCUUGAGACAUGGAAGUCAGAAGACAUCAAAGCCAACAAUGUCCAUAUGGCCUGGCAGUUACCACAAUAUUUACUGAUAUCUGCUGGGGAGGUGAUGUUCUCCAUUACAGGUCUGGCCUUCUCCUAUUCUCAGUCUCCAGCCAGCAUGAAGUCGGUGCUGCAGGCAGGCUGGCUGCUCACUGUGGCUGUGGGGAAUACCUUUGUGCUCAUUGUUGCUGAGGCUGCACCAAUGGCACAGUGGGCUGAAUUUGUCUUGUUCACUGUUCUCCUCUUUGCUGUGUGCAUUAUUUUCUCCAUCAUGGGAUAUUUCUAUGUCAGUGUGGAUCCAGAGGACCUAGAAGAAAAGGAAGAGAAGAGAGAGACAUCAAGCAGAGGAAACAUGAUUGGUCUUGUUACUCAGAAAACAAAGCUCUAACACAUCAUGGGUUGGGAUUUUUUUUUAACUCAGCUAUGAGAAGGUGAAAGAAGGGUGGGGACAGAGUUAUUUUAUUUUAGAGCAUUGCAGUCUUUGUUACUCAAAAUGUAACCACCUUAUAAAUGGGACCAAAUGGCCCUCUAUAAAAACAAUGGGGGUCCUGAAAUCAGAGCAAAACUCCUUGGGAAAGCUCCUCAGGUAUUAAAAGCCCUUACUAGUAUUUACAGUGUAAUUUAAAACCUGCCCAUCUUUUUAAGCAUGGAAUGCUUUCCUAUGAUUUUGCCUUAAACAUAUAUUUAGGGCAGCAGGGAGGAAGGGUGGCAGGAAUGCCAUAUGACACAAAAAUCUGGAAAUGUUAUGAGAGAAGAAAGAGGAAAAACUAGUAUAGGAAUUAGGGAAGAAUAGAUGUUAGUGACAGAAGGAUUUUUAAUGCUGUCAUCAAGGACUGUAAGGGUUACACACAAUCCCAAAGGAUUUCAUCGUGUAACUCUCCUUAUGAGUAUUUCAUCCCAUUAUUGCAUGUUAUGAAUGGUUCUGAUUUAUGAUUUUCACCUUCAGGCUCAGAAGUAAUAACAGGGAAUUAAAUUCUGCAGGCUAAAAUAUUCCCAAAACACUGCUGACGAAGACAAGCAUGCUGCCACCUCUCCCAUUUUUUCCCCUAGAAGUUUUUAACAACUGAUGGUGUUCUUUGAUUAGACAUGAUUAGAGAAUUGCUUUAUGCUUUCUUAUUUCAGAAUUCCAAACAGUUAUU